UAUGUCAUUUUCUAUAUGUACCAUCAUAUAUACUAUAUAUAUAUAUAUAUAUGUAACAAUCAUCAACUCGUCUCCUUUUAUUCGUUGCUAUUGUCAAAUAGAAUUUUGGUUUAUAAAAUUACGAUCUCUUUGCCUAUCGAUCAGGCAUAAUUUUUUUAUUUCUUCCAUGUUAGUGUCUCUGAGUAACACUAAGGAGAUUGGUAUUACUGCGACACACUUCUCUAGUAUUUGUACAAGGAAAAUUCACAUGGAUUUCCCAACUAUUACAAUAUGUAAAACCGUAUCAAUAUGCGCAUAUAUCAAGCAACAGUUUGAAUUAUUCUAUCUUACUGUGAGCUAACGUGCAGCGGCGAGUUUAAUUAAGAAAACUGAACGAUUAUAGUUAUAAUUAGAAACGUACUUCUUACAAAAUUCUAUUUCAUAUACGAUAAAAACAAUUCUUCCACGAAGACAUAAACGUCUGUUCAAAUGAUUUCGAAAUAAAAAUCGAUCGAUUAUUGAUUUAUUAUUUAUCAUUAUGCAACAGAUCAUUAUUGAUUCAACGAUUAGACCGGAAAGGUUUUAACCGAAAAUUCAAUGUUAACAAUAUAUUUCGAUUACUACUAACGAUAAGAAAUUUCUUCCCCUUUUUCUUUUUUUCAAAGUCUUACGAUUGAGACCAGGAAGCAGAAGAACGAUAACGCGUAUCAGAGUCUCGUAUCGCAUAAAUGGCGAAACGCUAAUAGUUCCUGAAAAGAGUAGCAUGCUACUUAAUAAAUCUAUCGUCUAAAGAACGUCGUAUUGUUAGAUAAAACAAAUACUCGAAAACAAUAACAAAGAUUUUAUUUCGAUAAAUGCUAAAUACUCGAUGUCCCGACAGCACCGGAUAUGACUUACACGUAAAUAUGUACUCGUGUGAAUAUUUAUCGAGGAAAAGGAAACGUUAACAUCAAAAUUGCCGACCUUUAGAUAGCUGCUUUAUUUACGUAAAAUUAUUGCCAUUCUUUUUAUACGUAUAAUUAUUUCUAUCAUACAGGACGAUACGUUAUUUCGACGAUAUAUUAUUUUAAACAUUUUGUUCCGUCAAAGUAAAGUCGAUUCGAAUUUGUGCGUCGCCGCUAACGAAACUACUUAAACUUAUCUAAAAUUCAGGAAAUUACUUCCAAACAUUAUUUAGAACCAGAUAAUAGCCGCGAACUAUACAACGUAAGCUGCGCCGUGCAAAUAGAAACUAUGCACUGAUCCGUAAAAUGUUAACUAGUUUCGUGGCAGAGAAAUAAAAGCUUCUGGUUUCAAGUUUCUAGCUGUCGAUGAAUAAUACACACGCUUCUCUUGCAAUACUUAACACACCUAUUAGAACACCAAGUGACAUUUUAAUUUCUAUCGAGGAUGUAAUAUUUAUUAAGAAAUCUCGCUUGAUGUUCAAUAAGAACGUGGUUCGUUGCUAAUAUUAACACGUUACAUUCAAAAUAUUUGUAAAUCAGGCAUUUGGAUGCUAUUUAAAGAAUUUGAAUUCUCCGUCACACUCGAAUCAACAUAUUUUACGAUAAAAAUGUCAAAUGAACGAUUCGUUCGAACAAGAUGAUUUCUUUCUUGAAAUAUUACGUAUUGCUUCGGUGUAAUGAGAAAUAUUGUAGUAAGAUUAAUUACUUUUUUACUUUUUCAACGCAAGACUUUCAGUGUAACAAGUCUAUACAUAUUCGUCACUAUUUUCGUCCAAGUUGUUACACAAAGCACCUUAUACUCGUCUUGUACCACAUGUGCAACGCGAUGAAUAUCAAGUCGAGAAUGAGAGACAUUGAUAGAAGCAAAAGUACCGACGAUGCCACGACGUGUUAAAUGCGUGCCUCAAUUGAUUGCACUGCGAACAGACAAACUUUCGUCGAUGCACCAUCCAUUACCAUUGCGAUAUAUAAAGCAACGUUCUCAAUAAACUUAAUAUACGUCCAAAAGAAAUUGUAAUAAUAAUCAUUCGUAUAAUCCUUAUAAAACGGCCACUGUUUGUAUUCUAUUUCCGCGAAGAACAAUAGAAUCGACAAAUAGAAUAGGAAAACAUUUAUAGAAAUCAGUAGCAACCCGUACAACGUAUCUAUCUAACGUAACAAUCGAUUAAUUUAAGAAACUCUAAAAAAUCUUAGAUCGUCGACAAUAAAAUUCUAUUUAAAAAAUCAGAAAAGAUCUAUUUACAUAGCAUACAUAGUAUACAUAGUUCUCCUCCACCUCUCGUUGUAAAACUAAGAUAAGAACAAGGACAAAAAUCGAGAAGUCGUUCGGGAAGGUUAUCUUCAAGAAAAAAUCGAUAAAAUAGAGAUUUUUUUAGCGAGAAGUGAAAGAAAAGAGAUCGGGGACGAUCUCGGUCGGUCUCGACUUUCUCGAAAGUCCACGCGGCAUUGAACUUCGUCCACGAUUACAUUUGGCUACAGUCGCUGCAGUCCGAUCAACUGCGCAUAUUUUUUGGCCCGUUGUUCUGUUAAGGCACCAGAAUGCCUCCGGCCUGUACUAAAAAAAUGACUUAAACAGCCUGCUCCUGAAUUGCCCGGAGCAGCGACUGUUGAACACUGCGGGCGAAAUUUUCUUACGAAACUCGUAUGCGUCCUAAUGCAUCUAUGCGAUCAAAUCAACGCAAUAUCCGCGUUUUCAUAAAAUUUCUCAAUGAACGCGUAAUACUCGACGGAUAAAAAUCUGAUUAAAAUUAAUUGUAUUUAUAUGUAACGUUUUACAAUGUACCUAUCAUCGAUACACGCGAUAACGUGUAUCAGAAGUAACUUUAACUUUGUAUAGAGACUGAAAAUUCUUCACUUCCAGCGUUCCGCGCGUUAAUUUAUCUCGAAGCAGGUAUCGUGAGAAAAGGCGUGAUACAGGUUGCGUCGCGUGGAAAAUUGGCAGAAUGUCUUUCAUUCGAGUGCAAUGUGUAAAAAAAUCAAGGUUUCCGGACGCGUAGGAAAACGCGUAGGCGUCAAGACGCCUUUCCAACCGACACGUGUGUAGAAUGAUUCAUGCUGAUAGUUUUCCGACAAUUUUCGGAGUACACAAACGACCGCUGUACGGAUAGUUAAAAGCUAAACAAUAGCUGAAAACGCAAGUAUUCUUCAUGCAGUGUGAACGUGUUGGUGAAUCGACCUCAAGUAACAAGCAGAACAAACGUUAAAAUAUAAUUAUCGAUAAUAUAAUAUUACAAUAAUAUCUACGUGCGUUAAAUUAAAACGAUAAAAGGACAGACGUUCAAUUUUUUUUUAUAUGUUAUUAAUAACUUAACAUAUAAGUAAUUUUACAUUACACUUACACUGGCAAAGUUCAAACGAUAACAAAGACAAAUGAACGGUAACGUUAACUUUCGUUAUUCUCGAGUUUAAAAACAAUAUGAAUACCUUAGUGCGUCACGUGCAAAUUAUUUUACGUCAUACGUCGCACUAUUAGCGAAGUACAAAUAAGAAGAAGAUUAGAUAUUCGGACGUUUUAAUAGAUAUUCCGCUAAGUUUAAUUUUUAUUCGAUGAGAAAAAUAGAAGUACGAGUGUACUAGAAACUCUAAUUUCGAAUUUAAAGGAAUUUUCUUUUUUCUACUUCCUGUCGAUAGCUCUAGACUACGCUUAUCCAAGUUAAAGCAACAAAAAAGAUAUUACAAUUUUUUUAACGAGAUAAUUUUAACUUCCAUCUAACUAAAAGGAAUACGAGUUUUUCUAUUUAUCGCUUAGUUAGACAGCGUUGUGUUACGCUUAUUUAUAGAAUUUCAGUAUCUACAUAUAUAUAUAUAUAAAAGUUAAAUAUUAUAAGUAUACACAUUGAAUUGAUAACCAUCGCUAUCUUUAUUACGAUUUUUUUUUUUUUUAUUGAUUGAUUUACAGGAAUUCGAUGGAUCGUUGAAGUUCCGAUAAGAUGUUUUCCCCAUUCGGACUCGAGCUUACAUCCAGCGUGGAUUCAUUCCAUCACAUAGAAAUAAAUUUCGAUACAGGAAAUAGAACGAAUCGGCGUGCAAGUUACGUAUGAAGGAUUUCGGAUACCUUCUUUUUUAGCGCGUAACGAUUGUUUAUGGUACGGCAAAGUAUUACAUGAGAAAUGAGAUGAAUCAUCGUAAUAAUAGCCAUAAAUUUUUCGUGAUAAGAAAAAUUUAUCUGGCGGCAACUGUAUAAAAGGACCUCGAAAAAUGUAGCCUAUCAGUAAAGAGAGAGUGUCAACGUGUCGUCGAGAAUUGUAUCUAAUAAAAAAAUGAAAGCCAUCAUCAAUAUCCUCCUCGUCUCUUCGAUCGUUCAUGUCUAUGGCGCACCUUUCGACAAAUCAGAAUGGCUUUCCGCGAUCAGAAAGCUCAAAAAAGAACGAAACCUCGAGGGAGAAAAUCCACUCACAUGGCUGCACAAUUCGAAUACAGAAAAAAGUGCGUCGAACUCUGACUAUCUGCAAUGGCUUGUUCGAAACUCGAAACAUCGUGACGUGAAACACAGCAAUAAAAAGCAUGAAAAACAUUCCAUUCCCUUAAACCUACUACAUACAAAAAGUAAGUCUGAUUCAUCGGACAGAUCGGAUUCCGUGCAAAGCGAACUGAUCUUAUUUAGGAAGAAGGACAACCGACAGAAAAAUUCAAACGAUGAAGAAUCUGCGGAGAAAAAGUCUGGCCAACUGAGUAUUCGUAAAAGGAACUCUGACGAAGAAUAUUCUCGCGAACAAGAGUCUCAUAAGCGGAAGUCUGAUGGAAAUCGUCGUCGUAAAAAGGAUCGUCUUGAAAAAAGUUCUUCCGAAUGGUGGAGUUUAACGGAUGAAAGCGAUUCCUCAGACUCGAGUUCUGCCAGUUCCUCCGAUAAAUCUAAUAAGAAACACCAGAAACGCCGUGAAUCUAAUUCCACAGAUAGAAAAAAGAAAGAUGAUUCGCAGGGAAAUGACAGUGAUAAAAGUUCAAGUUCCAGUUCUUCGUCAGAGUCUAGCAGCGAUUCAUCUUCUAGCGAAGAAGAUUUCAAGGAAUAUUUAGAAAAAUCAUUAAAUGAAAAGGAAAACUACAAAGAAAUAAAAUAUAUACUUAAACAUUAUAAAACGAACGUUCAGUACGGGAAACUGUACGAAUGGAACAGACGUAGGUAUUUGGAAUGGAAGAGAAAGAUAGACUUGAAGAAGAAAAUAAUAAAAGCAAAGAAAAAUUUACAUACAGAUAAAUUAAUGAGCAUUUGUAAUGUAUUAGAAGAUAGCGAUCAGCAUGAAGAUCAAAUAAGGAAAUGUGUAAGAGAUUAUUUGUCUACGAAAGAUGAAUUUAAUUUUGUAACAGAUUUAUCGUUGAUCCGUCUCCUAUCCUCUGACGAGAAUAAAGUUAAUAAGUCUGUAGAGAUAGAAAAUGAAAGUGGCUUUGAAGUAAAAGUUUCAAUUGGAGAUAAUUCACAACCUGGCGAAGACUCGAAACAAGCUAAAACUGUGAUCAAAACGAUUGAUAAAGUAAUCAACGGCGAUGGAAUUUGGAAAGAAACAGAAACUGUCAACGUAACGGAUGAUGAACAAGCUGCUGUUGACGGAGACAAUGGUUCCGAUAAAGAAGAAAAAUUACCCGGUAAAGACAAGGCAAACACAGCUGAAGCAACUGGUAACGGACAAGCAACAAACUCUAGUUCUCGACAACAUAAAGUUAUUUCAGCGGGUGGACUGGAAGUAGCGAUAGAAUCUGGUUCAAACGCAGGAUCGGUCAUAGUUGAAGGAGGAAUCAGUGUUUUGGGCAACACCGAGACAGGAAACGCAAACGCUGGGAGUUCCAAGGAUGCUGCGAACGAAUCAGGGGACUCGAAUGCUCACGAAUCUGGAACAUCGAAAUCCCAAAAGGCAACUUCUCAAUCAGCUUCGCAAAGCGAAGCGUCUAGAGAAUCAGAAAAUCAACGUACAACUGAACCUUCCAGUUCUAAAUUAGAAACAGCUAUUAAUGACGCUCCCUUCAGUAAUGAUCGUGCUACGAUUAGAACAAAUAACUCUUUAGACGGAAGUUCACCAUCUAGCGGUGGUGCCAGCGAGUCAGAGGAUUCGAAUAUUAACGAAUCAUCAACUGUGGCAUCUCGACAAACAAAUUCAGGGGCUCGACAAACAGCGUCGCGAGGUCGACAGGAAACUUCUCAAUUAGCUUCGCAAACUGGAGCGUCCAGUACCUCGGAAAAUAACCAGACGACUGAAGCUUCUAGCUCCAAAUCUAAAACAAUUGUCAGUGAUAAUCCAUCCAGCAAUGAUAAUACUACGGAUGAACCAAACGACGCUUCGGAUAAGAGCACAGCGACCGGCAGUGACACAAGCGAAUCGAGAAAAUCAACUUUACAAACUGGACCGCCGUCUGGAGCACCAAACAACGCUUCAAACGAAGAAUCUACCACUGAUGCUGGCGAAUCGGGAGAUUCGAGCGUUAGUCGAUCAGCGACAUGGAGAGGAGUAACAUCGGUGUCUCGAACAAAAGAUUCCGAACUAACACGAAAACAACAGGCUAUCGAAUCGUCAACUGUCAAACCAGUUAACAAUGGCAGCGUUACAGCCGAAACAGGCAACGGUGUAGAUAACGAUGAAACAUCUACCGAUACCAACAAACAGACAGAUGCUAGUGCUAGCGAGUCUAGCACAUUGAGGAAUGAAGAAAUACGAACGUCUACGACCCGGAGCGUAGAUUCUUCGACCACGAUGACAUCAUUGCUGGAAACUUCACAUACCAAAUCAGAAACUACUACUACUACCAAUGGCAGCGUCAAUGUUUUGAGUAACGUAGAUGACAGUGGUAAACAUACUGACAGUGCAGAUGCACAAACAGAUUUAAAUACCAGUGAAUCUUCAACAUCGAAGGCUAAAGAAACGACAUCAACUGCUUCUAAAACGGAAGAUUCUGGACGGACAAAUGAAGCAUCGACUUUGAAGCUGAAAACUACUCCUAGCGAUGACAGUGCUGGUGUAUCGAACAAUGUAGAUAUUACGACUGAUACAAACGAUGUUUCAAAUAAUAGUGGAAGAUCCAUUGACAAUGGACAGCAGGAGAUUGAAACGCCAAAUCAGGAGUCGGAAACAACUCGUGUAAUUACCAAUGGUAAUGAAACGAGUACAAGCAGUUCCAAUGAGCAAACGAAACCAAGUGCUAGCGAGUCUUCAACGUCUGAUACAGAAGCAGAUUCCGUUUCUCAAGCUGGAGAAAGUUCUAGUACGACACAAACGGUACAGGUGACUGAAACAUGGAGCUCCGAUUCAAAAACGACUAGUAAUGAGGAAAAUACAAAUGACGUAAAAGCUAUUUCGGACAAUGGCGGAAGAUCAACUAGCAGUUCUAGUCGACAAACAGAUUCAAACGACGAUGGAUCGAUCGCAACAGAAAGCGAAGAAACAACAGCGGCUAGUUCUCAAGCCAAUGGUUCAGCUGUUACAGGAGAAGAACGAGGCAGUGAAACAUCAAGUACACAAGCGGAAACCAAUCUUAGUAACGACAGUGCCAACGCUAUUACCGUUACUGGCAAAAAUCCCAAUGUUAUCACUGUGACUGAUGACAGUGCCAAUAAAAGUUCGAACAGCGAUAAUUUAAUCGCAAGUAGUAGUUGGCAAACAGAUUCAAAUGCUCAAACAACAAAUUCGAACGAUAGUAAGUCUACUACGAGAAACGUGCAGAGAAUAUCUCCCUCUCAAACUGACAAAUCUAUCGUAAGUGGAACAGAACGAUCGACUGAAACAGCGGAUACUCGGACAGCUUCUACCGUCGAAUCUUCUAGCACAUUAGAUGGCUCGAACAUUACGAUUAUUGUUAUUAAUGGUACAGAGAACGAUGGAACAUCUAUCAGCGUUGAUAGCGAAACAGCAAAUUCUAAUAGCAGUGAAUCAGUAACCGCAAGAGGAGAGAGUGAAACUUCUACCGAUUCAGAUGGAGGACUUGCGACUGAAGAAUCAUCUUUAAAGCCAGGAACUACCGAAACUGAUAAUAAGAUUAAUACAUCGAGCAACAUAGGUGAAACAACUGAAACGGAGACAACUCUAAGUAACGAAGAAACGUCUACCGAUGAAAGUAAUGGGCAAACCGACUCAACUGUUACCGAAUCCACGACUGUAGAAAACGCACGAACAUCGGCAUCUUCCUCUCAAACUGAAACGUCCAGUGGUCAACCCGAAACAGAACAGUCGGCUGAAGCUCGAACUGAAACAGUUGCUACUGACGAAGCUACCGGUACAUCAAGCGGUUUGAACACUACGAUUGUUGUUAACGAUGGUACAGAUAGCGAAACAUCAACCGGUGCUAAUAGUGGAACGUCAAGGAGCACCAAUAGCGAAACAACGGAGUCCAGCGCUAGUGAAUCAACAGGUUUUACUGCUAAUGAAUCGACAACAGCAGCAGGAGAAAUAGAUACAUCUUCUCCAAGAAGUGAAACUUCUACUGCGGCAGGUACAGAAGUUGCAACUGAAGAAUCACCUUCGGUACCAGAAACAACAAUAGCUGAGAGUAACGUUAACGCAUCGGGCAGUAAUCUUGUGGUAACAGGUGAGACAGACGCUGCUGCAAAUAACGAAGAAACGUCUACCGACGAAAAUGAUGGGCAGACAGAUUCAAGUGCUAUUGAAUCGACAACUUUAAAAAGCGCGCGAACAACAUUGUCUCCUUCCCAAACUGAAGAGUCUAGCGUAUCUGAAACAGAACGAUCGACUGAAACGUGGAGCGUUCAAUCCAAAAGAGUUCCUACUAAUAAUAGUACCAAUAAUAUGUAUAAUAAUAGUAGUACUAGCAGUGGUAUUUCGGAAAUUAAAGAAAAAUCAACGACCAGUGUCAACAAAAUAGAUUCAAGUUCUAGCGAAGCUACGACUUCGGAAAAUACUCAAACAGAACCAUCGAUCGUCCAAGCUACCGAUACUGUUACAAAAGUAGCGUCAACGACUGAAUUGCAAACUCUGCAACUAGAAAUCAUUCUCACUGAUGUCAAUGGCACUGUAUCGGAUUCUUACAUAAUUGUACUUGAUAAAAACAAUAAUAGUACAGGUAGUAUCUUGGAUAUUAUUAAUAGAUUACCUAACGGUAACAGUAGACAAACAAAUUCAAAAGUUAAUAAGUCUACUACUUUAGAAGAUACGGAAAUAUAUAACACACUCGCUUCAGAAGCAGUCACAUCGGUUCAACCGAAUUCCAACGCAAAACCGGAAUCUCCUAUAGUAGGAAUAAAUUAG